AUGGAAGUGGACAGGCAUCGCUCGCCUAGUCGGCCCAGCACGCCUUCCAACAAUGCAGGAGCGAGCAUGAGCGCACGACCGAGCCGAUCGAACAGUGCCUCCUCCCACACCAACAAUGGCAGUCUCCCCUUUGGUAGCCUGCCCACCGCGCCUCGUCAGCUUGGUUUUGGCUUCGGCAUGGCCGCACCCUCACAUCCUCCCGGCACUCCCAUAGCCAGUACUUCGGGCUCCUUCGGUCUACAGGCUCUGCGAUAUCCGGCUUUGGGCGUCAGCAACACGUUCGUCCAGGCCAGACAACGACGGCCGAGCGAGACGAGAUCAACCGUGAGCCGGCCCUCGAGACCGCAAGCGAGCGAGGACAACGCGAGAAGGCGUAAGCGAUCAGAGACGCCCCUCUCCGAGCCGGAGGAGGACGAGGAUGAGGAGCAAGAUGGAAGGACGUAUCGAUCAGUCUCGUAUGCAUCCGUCAAGGGCACAUCAAAGCGACUCCGGCGAGAUCACGAUCCGAUGCCGUCCGAAAGUACCAUCUCAUUGGAUACAGAGUCUGCUACAUCACUCGUGCCACAACAGUCCAGUCCGGUCGUCGCUUCACCGCCAAAGGCAGACGAUCUCAGAGACGCAUUGCUCUCCCAUUUCGCAUCCUCGUCACUCGGCACACAGCCAGCAUCCGCCACGAUCGAACAGUCACUAGCAUCUGCCGGCUCAUCAGAUGCAACAGUGCAGGAUCUCAGCACCUCGCUACAAUCACUUACGAAGCCUGCGCUGCUGCGGGUGCUGGAACAGUUGAUCAAGCAGCAACCCCAGUUGAGCGUCGUCGUUUCGUCCCUCCUCCCGUUUCCGACGAUCGAAUCAGUCCAGGCAAGUCUGGACGAUCUCGAGAGAGCAGUCGCAAGUGCGAUCCCCCUCUCGUUUGCAAAGGGGAAGCAACGAUCACACGACAGAAGCACGAGCACCUCGCGGACUACAAAUGGUAUACGAGAUGACUACAUCUGGUCACGCGUGCGAACGAGCCUGGAAGCCUACAUUGUCGAGGUGGCAAGGUUGCUCGAUACCUUUUUCCCUGCCAUACCCAAUGACGAUUCAGAGGCAUGGUCGCCGAGGAUUACACAAGCUAUUGCGCAACAUCCGAGUACCCAAUUCGGGUUCCUCUACUCGCUCACCUUGUCUGUUCGCAAGCUGGAGGCGGUUCUGCCCGUCUCUCAAGCGCAGGCUAGCUCAUCACGCGGCGCUACUCAGGACCCUCUGUCGAGACGUCUCUUGCCAGAUCUGUUUGCCCACUGGCGCAACUUUGAGUGUCGAAUAGGUCAGCAGGUCAACGAGCAAGGCAAGCUAUUGGCGGCUUCGAUCAUCCAGACGUGGUUCAGGCAGCUUGACCACCUCGCCAGCUCGCGCAUUCCUUCGCUCUUGGCCCUCGACGGCUUGCAAGGUGAUGCGCUUGGCGAGGUAACCCUUACCCAGCAGACGAUGCAAGAUCUUCAACGGGAUUUCGUCAGAGACAUUGGCUGGACCAUUGGCGUACGUGCGCCGGCCGACAUGCGUACCACGCAAGAAUUGUAG